CACAGGGCUAUGUGCGAGGAUAAAGUGCAUCAGUGCGGGGACAGCCAGCCUAGGGGGCACUUCCGAGCAGGCGGAGAGAAGCAGAAACAAAGAGAAGGGAGGACAUGAGCGAAGGCGAAGGGAGGGAGCAGGGGAUCAGCUGAGUUCAAUCCUGCCAGGAAAAAGCUCUUCCCCUCCGGCUCAUCCCCGAGAGGGACAGGUUCUGCCCCCUCCUCUCCCCCUUUGGUCAAGAAGACAAAGAACCGAGUGGCCCCAUGGGGAAAGGGGGUGAGCAAGGGGGGGACUCGGGGGAGCCGGCGGCGCAGAUCCGCUUCUACACCUGGGAGGAGAUCCAGAAGCACAACCUGAGGACGGACAAGUGGCUGGUGAUAGAGCGAAAGGUUUACAAUGUCACCAAGUGGGCAAACAGGCACCCGGGGGGCCAGCGAGUCAUCAGCCACUGCGCCGGAGAAGAUGCCACGGAUGCAUUCCAGGCCUUCCACAUCAAUCCCACCUUGGUGCAGAAGUUUCUCAAGCCGCUGCUUAUUGGAGAACUCGCUCCAGGGGAGCCCAGCCAGGACCGAGACAAAAAUUCCCAGCUGGUGGAGGAUUUCCGGACCCUGCGGAAGACAGCGGAGGACAUGAACCUGUUCCGAGCCAGCCCCUUGUUCUUCUCCUUUUACCUGGGCCACAUCAUUGUCAUGGAAGUUUUGGCUUGGCUCAUGAUUUCCUACUUUGGGACCGGCUGGAUCACAACCCUCAUCCUUGCCUGCAUCCUUACAACUUCCCAGGCCCAGGCAGGGUGGCUGCAACAUGAUUUUGGACACCUCUCUGUCUUCAAGAAGUCUUCCUGGAACCACAUCGUCCACAAGUUUGUCAUUGGGCACUUGAAGGGUGCCUCUGCAAACUGGUGGAACCACCGCCACUUCCAGCACCACGCCAAGCCCAACAUCUUCAAGAAGGACCCAGAUGUGAACAUGCUGCACAUUUUUGUCCUGGGAGACACACAGCCCGUUGAGUAUGGCAAGAAGAAGUUGAAGUACCUGCCUUACAACCACCAGCACGAGUACUUCUUCCUCAUCUUCCCACCUCUGCUCAUCCCUGUGUAUUUCCAAAUCCAAAUCAUCUCGACCAUGAUCAAGCGCAGGUUCUGGGCGGACCUGGCCUGGGCCAUCAGCUACUACCUGCGCUACUUCGUCACCUACAUCCCGUUCUACGGCGUCCUGGGAUCCCUGUGUCUCCUCACGUUUGUCAGGUUUCUGGAGAGUCACUGGUUCGUGUGGGUUACCCAGAUGAAUCACAUUCCAAUGGAAAUUGAUUCUGAGAAGCACAGAGACUGGCUGAGCUCCCAGAUGGCAGCAACCUGCAACAUUGAGCAGUCCUUUUUCAACGACUGGUUCACCGGGCACCUGAACUUCCAGAUCGAGCACCACCUGUUUCCAACAAUGCCACGGCACAACUUCUGGAAGGUGAAGCCUUUGGUGAAGUCAUUAUGUGCCAAGUAUGGAGUCCACUAUGAGGAGAAGCCUCUUGGGAAAGCAUUCGUAGACAUCGUUGGGUCCCUAAAGAAAUCUGGAGAUCUCUGGCUGGAUGCUUAUCUCCAUAAGUGAUCAUGAAUCUUUCUGGGGAGGUUGCUCCAAGGGAACUACAAAUGGCCUUUUCAGCAUCCUGCCCUGCAGAAACCCAGAGUUCUGCCUGUCUGCACAUGCGUGGCAGCACCGAGCUUCUUCCUGCCUACCCGAGGCCAGGAGCCAUGGCACUGUUCACCCUUCCCCUGGGAACAAUCACAGGAGAAAAGGAGUUCUCCCUGCACAAGGAGGAGCUGCUCAAAUCCCAGCUGGAAUCAGCCCUGCUCAGGCUGUGCUGCUGCUGUGAGACCUUUGGAGAACCCUCUUACAAGCUGUCUAAAACUCCAUUUUCUGCCCAGCACCUAAUUACCAAAAUUCACUAAUGGUUUAUCAGGAGAUAUGGUUGGACAGCUUCCAGGUGCUUCUGGAACAGGUGACCUGACCCCAAAUAAAUCCAGGGGUUCAGGUUCAGCUGCAACACAACAGAAGAGAUAUUUGGGUUAGGACAAAGGGCCAUGGUUCCAAAAGCAGCCUCCAGCUCCAGCCUCAGUGCUCCCAGGAAUCACCAGGAGGGAGACUCUGGUUACUUUGCACGCCUCAUUACUUCCCUCAGCUCUGAAACUGGAUCCUCUCUGUCAAAUCCCUGAAUCCUUUUGCAUUCCACAGAAUCAGCAAGGUGCUUCAUCAUGAAUAGAGACUACUCUGGGACUGUGGCCAGCGUUGCAAAAAAAAAAAAAAAAAGUAUUCCCUCCCCACCCUCUUUGGAAAAUAAAAUGAGAUUUUAUCUUUGAUUACAGUGGGGAAUUCAGCAUCUUGCAACUUCAGUAAGCAAUGCUUAGCGUUUGUAAAGGGCUUGUUCUGGGGGUCUUGCUCACCCAAGUACCACCAGGAAUGUUUAGGGUGAAAAGCUGCAUAAGUAACAUCCUUCUGGAUGCUGUGAUUUCCCAGGCAGGUAGUGAGGAGCUCUCCUGGAAUUUGGCUAACCUCAUGAGGACUGCCUUAAUUUGUGCAUCCCUUCCUAGAAUGUACCUCACUGUGCUCCAGCAAGGAUGACCAUGAGAACAGAGGCAUCAGCAGUGCAAGCUUUUAAAUAUUCAGCUUCUUCUGACAGCCCUUGGGUUUUUUUGGGUUUUUUUUGUCUUAUUUCCAGAGCAAAUAUUUUCUUCCUUAGCUCUGCCCCCUUCUUUUCACUUUUCUUCUUGGGAAGCUGUUUGGGUUGAUCUUGGGGAAAGAUCAGCUGUUAGGCAAAUGGGCUUUAUUUUUCCCCCCAAAAAACUUACUAUUUUUUCAGGCAAAGCCUCUCUGGCUCAUAUAGCUUUUUCCUCUUCUUCCAAAAAAAAUCUCAGCUUUCUCCCUUGGAAUUUGAGCUGGUUUUUAUGUGCCUUGAUUCCUUGUUGACACCCCAUCCCUGCAAGUGUUACAGGCCAGGUUGGAUGAGGUUUGGAGCAACUUGGUCUAGGGAAGGUGUCCCUGUCCGUGGCAGGAGGGUGGAAUUGGAUGAUCUUUAUUGCCCCUUCCAAUCCAAACCAUUCCAGGAUUCUACAAGCUCUCCCCUCUUUAACUGGAGCAGGUCAAAGAGAUCCCUGACAAAGAGCCCUGGAAGUCUGGAUCAAUCUGCUUUGUUAUCAUUGUUCUCCAAGUAAAAUUAGGUUUAUCUGGAGAUGUUCCAGAAGUUUCACUAAGACUGGAAAUGUAGAUGGAUACAAACUUCCCAUGAGCUUUGUCUCCAACAAGGGAGCAAUGAGUGAGACAUGAGCAGGUUAAAAUCUGCCAUCAAAAUGACUGAAACACAGAAUUUUCAGCACAGCUUUGCCCAGCUUUCUGAGGACUCUUAACUAACCUGAAAAUAAUGAGGUGAAAUCUUGUCCACUUUCUCUCUUGAUAAAGGUCAUUCAUUUGCACUGUAAUGAGACACAAACAUGAAAAAAAAACCAAAAACCAAACCUAAGCCAGUAAGAGGUGCUGGAAGCCUGCCAGGGUUUACUGAACCCAGCUACACCACAUGGCAAUGGGGAGCUGGAAACACAGAGCUGGUUUCAGGGCAGAGAAUCAAACAACAGCCAGGGAAGGAGUGGAUUUGCUCUCCCCACUCACUGUGGGGGACUGGAGUAGGAGCUGGAGGACCAGGAUGAUCGAGGAUGCCAGAGAAAAGCACAAACUGCAGCAAAGAGAAGCCUCUGGGUGUGUUUUGGGAGGAGAAUGAGAGAUGGGAGAAGUUUGGGAAGGUCAGGGGUUGGGGAGGGAUGCAUGAGAGUGGGAGAAAAAAUACUGAGGGAUGAAGGAGGAGAAAUUUGGAAUCAGGUGUCCCAUGAUCUCACAGCAUGGCUGGAAUCUGCCUGGAGGGCUGUGCUGGAGACACAGGGCAGGACAGGGCAGAGCUGGGGCUCAGAGGGGGUGGCAGGGACUGGUGACAUCCACAGGCACCUCAGAGUGAGCUGGAUCUCACACUGAGCCCCCCUCCCACAGCUCUGGGAGCAGGGACUCACUGCCCUCAGCUUCCAGGGAGAGGCACAGUGGGAAUUAGGGAACUUUCCUUGGAGUUUUCCCUCCAAGCAUGGAUUUGAGGAGUCUAGAUCCCAGCUGCUCACUGAAAUAGGGCUUGGGAGGCUUGUCAGGACCCAUGUCCAAACACCAUCAUUCCCUGCUGCAGGGGCUGAGCUCUCUGGCUGGAUUUGAGGUCUUCGUUAGGGCAAAGACAUCCUUUUCCUCAGUAGAUGCCUUCCUAAGAAAGCCUUCCUAACAAAGCCCUAACAUUUCCAAUGUUAAAUCAGCAAACCCACAUUCUUUAUAGGACAGCUCCUGGUUUUUCUUAAUUUUUUGGGAAAAAAAAUCCAGUAACUCAAAAAGAACAAUUUUUUUUCCUUGUGUAUUCUACCACUCAAUAAAAUCAUAACUAUUUGUUGACCAUA